AUGCCAUGCAACACAGGGCUUAGAAUCCAUCAUCAAACCAAAUCCGGAACCAUGGCAACCCCGACUCUGCACUACCGCCUCGCGAACCCCUCCGACGCCCCCCAAAUCCAGCACCUCGUCCAAUCCGCUUUCCGCGCCCCAGACACCAGACCAAACUGGACAGGCGACAAAGCUCUCGCCUCAGCUUUCCGCAUCGACACCGCCGACAUCCUAUCCGGGAUCACCACGCCGGACAGCGCAUUCCUCCUCGCGACCGACCCCACCGGCGCGCCGAUCGCCUGCAUCGGAGUCUCGAGGUCCAUCGCUAACGACAGCCUCGCUCGCUUCUUCCUGCUCGCUGUCGAUGAAGCGUACCAGCGCUUUGAGAUCGGGCGGAAGAUCCUCGCUUCCGCGGAGGUGUACGCCCAGAGGGAAUGGGGAGCUCAACGCGGGGGGCUGAAUGCGCUUUCGACGCGUGAGGAGUUGAUCUUAUGGUAUCAGCGGUGUGGGUAUCGGCCCACCGGGGAGGUGACGCCGUUCCCAUUUGAGAAGUUUGCAGGUAUGGAGUUGCCUGGGAAUUUGGGCUUUGUGGAGAUGGAAAAGGAGUUGGUUGCGAUGUAA